AUGAGGACUUCUGUAGACGGCCACAUUGCUGGAAGGCCACUCUCGGAGGCACACAAGUUGCUGGUCUCUGCGCCUGGAGGGGCGCUCGACCUGUCACAGUAUGACUACAAGCCGCAAAUUGCCCCACCUACCAUCACGUCGACACAGACCGGCUCUGCAGACAUGGCGACGACAGGACUGAUGGCGUCCGAGGCGGCAGCCGGUCUCAGAUCGCCGACACAGUCUCGAGGAUUGGCUGAAGACACCAAUACAGACGAGGAGUGCGAGAGGAAGAGGCUGCGACGGUUUAUGCGACCGAGGCGAAACAGCAAAUUGGACAGGGUUAUCGCAUUCCUCGAGGACAAACGAGUCAAAGACGAUGCAGACAUACAUCGUCUAGACGACUUGCAGAUGCCACGACUGAGGCGGAUAUUAAAUAUCAUCUUCGUUACGCUCGGUGUCUGCUUCCUUCUAGCCGUUGUCAUCGUCAUCAUUUACACUACUCUCACCAAGUAA